AUGCUGAAGUCGCCGCUCUUUCGUUUGUUCCAUCGCCCUACCCGCGCAGGGUCGACUGGUGGGCGGUGUUCCUUCGUGAAUUUAACGCGUACCCUCCGAACGACAAACGACCUGUUUAGAUACACCUCUGGCCGAUGGCUGAUAAACGACAAACAUGAACAGCAGCAGCGUUUUAUGAAUUUUAACAUUGACAAUCUUUGUUCUCAAGCAGCCUCUCUCUUUAGUCCCGAAACAAAAUGUGUGCACAUUGCCAAGUUCGAAGGAAAUUUCAACAAGGCUUUCCUCCUCACAAUGAAUGAUGGCAAUAAAGUGGUCGCGAAAAUCCCCUGUCCCAAUGCCGGAAUGCUGUUUCUGACCACGGCCUCAGAUCCGGAAAACCUAGUGGGCGCGGAGUAUAUAAUCAUGGAAAAAGUCCGCGGAGUCGCACUUGCUGAAAGAUGGGAGACGAUGAACACCCUGCAGCGCUAUAAAGUAAUCGACGGAAUUGUGGAGAUGGAGAAGGAGCUCGAGGGGAUGAAAUUACCAGCAUACGGAAGCCUUUUUCUGCGGGAUUUUCUGCCAUCUGAAUACAAUCAUUAUCCUCUUCCGUCAGACUUGGACCCUACUGGCUUAUUUUGCAUCGGACCCUCGUGCAGUCGAGCUGUGCCGCAGAAGACUUCUUCAUCUAAAUCAAAUGCUGGACCGUGGUCUUCAAUCUUGGACUUUGCGCUCUCUAAAUCAAACCGAGAAUUAGCCCUGAUCGCUGAUAAUAGGGAUGGAGUGCAGAGCCAUCUCAAUCAUUUUAGCGAGAUUCAGCCUGUCAAUGAGUACUAUGGUCUUCUACAGAAAGUGCUAUUAAUUCUACCUGUUCUUUCGCAUGAUCCACGCAUUCUAGAUGGGGCGGCUUCAAGCAUAUGGCAUACUGACUUGCACCUGGGGAAUAUUUACGUGUCCUCAGACGAUCCAACCAUAAUUGAAGGCGUGAUUGAUUGGCAGUCAGUCCAAGCCGCUCCAUUAUUUAUACACGCACAGUUUCCUGAAUUCAUUCGGCCACCGAAAGGCUACAGCCCAGGAACCGAGCUCCCCGCUUUACCAGACAAUUACGACAAGCUAGAUCCCGACCAAAAGGAAAAGGCUAACAAGGAGCACACAUCAGCAACACAAUCCAAGUACUAUGAGAUGUCCUGUCUUGCAUACAACAAGCCUGUCUACGACGCGAUGAAGCUGGAUCGACGACUGUGGGAGCCCUUUACCUGUUGUCAGCUUUUCUCAAACGGUUCCCUGGUUCCGCUAAGAAGCUCUCUGGUGCGAAUCUUCCAAGACUGGGAGCUCCUGGGGCUUCCAGGCAGCUGUCCGUUCGAAUUCACAGAAGAGGAUCUUAAAAGGCACGAUGAACAGGUUCAAUAUUACCAGGACAGCGUGUAUCUGCGGGAUAUUGUCAAGGCCCAGCUUUGUACGGAUGACAGUGGUUGGAUUCCAAAUGCGCAAUGGGAAUCCGCGAGAGAGAUGAACGAGCAUCUGUAUGGUAUAUAUAUGGAGACUCUGAGCGAAGAACUGUUACCAGAAGCAGCCUCAAGGCGGUGGCCCUUUCCUCCAAAAAGUGCCUGA